AUGGGUCAGCUAGAUACAGCCCUGCUCGGCGCCGCAAUGGUACUGGCCAUCUACCUAUUCAACAUAUGCGCAACGCCACCAAACCCGUCGCCCCCGCAAAAGGGUCGGCAAAACAAAGAUCGCAUAGGGAUUUUACUAGGUCCAGAGACUCGACUUACUAUGAUUCGCUAUGCAGCCGUCUUCUGCUUCCUGUACCACACUUUAAUAACAGUUCUACCGGUCUAUGCAUCCAAGCACUUAGUGCAGAUUUGCCCGAAUGCGGAGAACCGAAACCCCGCGAUUUUCGAGUGGAGUACAACGACCACCCUUGCCUUGGCGAUGAUUUACGUCGGUGCUGCAAUUCGCAUCAUGGCAUUCGGUGGCUUGGGUCACUUUUUUACUUUUCAUCUUGCGCCGCCCGAUCGACUCAUCACCUCUGGUGUGUAUCACUGGAUUCAGCAUCCUAGUUACUCGGGAUUGCUGCUUAUCAUGGUGGCGACUUACACAUUGUUUGUUCGGUGGGAUGGGGUGUUUGCAUGUUGGAUUCCGAGAUCUACACUGGCGAUCCUGGAUGGAUGGGGUGUUAGCACCAUUACGAUUGCUGUGAGCUUUGGGGUGUCUCUCUUUGCUUUGCGGGUGAGGGAUGAAGAAGAGAUGUUGAAGCGGAAGUUUGGAAAGGAGUGGGAGGAGUGGCAUACUAGAACCAAGCGAAUGAUUCCUGGAAUUCUAUGA